UUUAAAACAGGCAUUGUUAUUCGGUCCUGCCUCCAACCCAGUGUAGUUGGACGCAGAAACGUCGGUUCUGACAAACCCUCAUUUUUCUGUUUUAUUAAAGCUGUCAAAAAUAGGAAUCUUUCCUUUGAAUUGAACUUCUUUUCCCCUCCAAAUUCCUACAAAACAUCUCCGUUGGGUGCAGGCAGGCUGCAAACGCUGCUUCUGCAGAACCCAACUGUUGGAACACACAAAGAGCUGUGUGAGGACUGCCAGUCCCUCAGCAGAGGUAUACUGAAUACGUACAAGGAAGAUCUCAGGAACAUGAUUGAAGAGAACAGGAACAGCAGUGACUCCUCUGCCUUCACUCACACCAACACCACGAGUGCCAUCCUGAUUGCUGCCUACUCAGUUGCCUUUGCGGGGGGUGGAAUUGGGUCCAUCACAAUGUCAUUCGUGCUGGUCAAGAUGAACACUCUGUCUGUGACCACUACAGCCAUCAUUAACCUGGUCAUCGUGCACAGCCUCCUCCUCUUCACGGUGCCCUUCCGCCUGCACUACUACGUCAACAAGAAGUGGGUGUUCAAGAUGACGCUUUGCAAAGUAGUGAGCGCAAUGGUGCACAUCCACAUGUACCUGACCUUCCUGUUCUACGUGGUCACGCUGGUGAUCCGGUGGCUCGUCUUCUUCCAAUGGAAGGACAAGGUGGAGUUUUACAGGAAGCUGCACGCCAUUGUGGCCAGUGCCGCCAUGUGGGUCUUUGUCAUGGUUUUUGUGGUGCCGGUCUUGUGCUUGGAGUACGGACGCUCAGGCUCAUACAACGAAACAAUAUGCUUCAAGUUCCACAGGGAGCUACAGCAGGUGAGCGUGAAAGGCCUGAACUACGCCAUUAUUGCAGCCGUCGGUUGCAUCACCUGCAUCCUCUUGGGUUUGCAGAUUUUCAUCCUGGUAAAAGUGUCCAGAAGACUUUCCACCUCCCUCUGGUGCCACCAAGAGUUCUGUGCCCAAGUCAAAAACCUGAUUUUCAUCUGCGUCAUCAUCAUCUGCUUCCUCCCCUAUCACCUCUUCAGGGCCUACUACAUAGAGCACAUGAGUGAUUUUGACCAGUUAGAAAGCUACAACGAAGUUUUUCUGAGCCUGACUGCCCUCAGCUGCCUGGACCUGCUCUUCUUCGUGCUGAGUGGAAGCCGCCCCUUCAAGCAAAAGGUGGUCAUGCUCCUCAGCAGGCUGUCCUGCUGCUAGCAUCCACCUCCUGCAGCGAGCCCGGUGUUUGACAGGCAUGGCAAACCCCUCCUGACCGUGUCAGGUUGGGCCCUGGAAACAGAGCAGCACGCUCAUGAAGGGCUCUAUGC